AUGUCAGUCCGAGGCAUUCGGAUAUGGCGGCGGAAUGAUGCACGUUUCCAGCCGUCGAUCCUUGUUGAGAAGAAUGGACUUGACGGAUCUCUCCUUUUCCAGGGAGGAGCAAUUGCAACUUUAGAUUCUGACUCAACGGAAGUAGAAAGAAGAUCUUAUCAGAAAAUAGUGGACGCAUAUGGAAUACUCGGAGUACUCGCAAUCACCAAAGAUGAAUCUGUCCUUGUAGCAGUGACAGGAGUUCUUUCUGUUGGUCAACUUUAUGGAGCUGAUAUACUCAAAAUCACGAAUGUCGAGUUCAUUUCAUUACGAACGUUUGGAUCAGUGGAGAAUGUUGAUUCUAGAAUUGUUGAUCUUCAACGUUUACUCUCAUCACAAAUGUUUUAUUUCUCUUCACUUCAAUCUUAUGAUCUCACACGGUCUGCUCAACACCGUGAUUCUCAUGAUGGCAGUGAUGCAAGAUUCUUCUGGAAUAGAAGUCUUCAUUUCUCAUUUCAACGAUAUGGAAUAGAUACGGAUAACUGGUUGUUGAAAUGCAUGGCCGGAUCAGUCCUAGUCCGUGUGGUUUAUGUGGGUGCAAAUACAGGUCGUGUUGCUCUUAUAUCCAGAUUGAGUUGUGAAAGAGUCGGCACUCGUUUCAACGUACGAGGCGCCAAUUAUCUUGGAAAUGUAGCCAAUUUCGUGGAGACUGAGCAGUUGCUUCUUUUCGAUGAGAAAGAGUGCUCACUGCUUCAAAUUCGUGGAUCCAUUCCAUUAUUUUGGGAGCAGCCGGGAGUGAAUGUUGGAUCUCAUAAAGUCAAGUUAAGAGCUUUCGAAACUAGUCUUCCUGCUUAUCAUAGACACUUAUCUCAACUUAAACAUCGAUACGGAGAAUUCGCAAUUGUCAAUUUAUUGGGUAGAAAAGAAGGAGAGCGAGUGCUCAGUGAUGCAUUCAAGACGCAGCAUAAGAAUUCCCAUUUCGCUCCACUCGUUGAUUUUAUCGACUUCGACUAUCAUGCUCAAAUGAAGCUAUCAAAAGAGGCGAUUAUGCAUUUGAAAAAGAAAAUGGCCCCACAUAUGGAGAGACAUGGGUUUUUCUACUCAAUGGGAAAUGAUAUAGUCAAAAGACAAUCUGGGGUGAUACGAACAAAUUGUCUUGAUUGUUUGGAUCGAACGAAUUCUGUUCAAACUGCGAUUGGACUCCAAAUGUCUCAUGAUCAAGUAGCUUUUCUUAACUUAAAUGCUGGAAAAGUAAACGUAGAGCAACGUGUGGAGGAGAUUCUGAAAGAUUUAUGGCAGAAAAAUGGAGAUCAAUGCAGUACGAUAUAUGCGGGAACUGGUGCAUUGGAUGGGAAGAGCAAAUUGAAGGAUGCAUCGAGAUCAUUGGCAAGAACAAUUCAAAACAACUUGAUGGACGGUGCAAAACAAGAAUCAUUCGAUCUAUUUCUAACAGGAGCAGCGUAUGAUCCUCGUCUUUUUGAUAGAGCAUGCAAUAUUCUACCACCAAGUUUAAUUCAAGAAUACGCUGAUGCCGUCUCACAGUUAGUUGAACGAAGUCCCGAAAUUGCUGAGCCACAAUCCAUCAAGAUCUUUGUUGGCACUUGGAAUGUUAAUGGAGGAAAGAAUAUUCACAACGUGGCAUUCCGUAACGAGUCCAGUCUAUCUCAUUGGAUUUUCGCGAAUUCCAUGACCCGUUUGGUAUCUGUUGAAGAAGAACAACUAGCUGAUAUCGUGGCGAUUGGAGUUGAGGAGCUCGUAGAUUUGAAUGCGAGUAAUAUGGUAAAAGCAAGCACAACAAAUCAGAGAAUGUGGUGUGAAAGUAUUCGAAAGACGUUGGCUGAGAAAGCUCCAUUUGUGCUAAUUGGAUCAGAACAACUCGUCGGAGUUUGUCUUUUCUUAUUUGCUCGUCCCAAAAUCUCACCAUAUCUCAAAGACUUCGCUGUAGCGUCUGUGAAAACUGGAAUGGGCGGAGCAACAGGAAAUAAAGGAUCUGUUGCAUUUCGAAUCGUCGUCUUCUCAACAUCAAUUUGUUUCAUUUGCUCUCAUUUCGCCGCUGGUCAAAACGAAGUGAAAGAUAGAAACGAAGACUUUGCAACGACACUCAAAAAGAUUCGAUUUCCAUUAGGAAGAGAAAUAGAUUCUCACGAUGUCAUCUUUUGGUUUGGAGAUUUCAAUUAUAGAAUCAGUUUGUCUGGAGAAGAAGUCAAAACAGCUGUCAGGAAUGGGGAUUUAUCGAAACUUGUGGAACAUGAUCAACUGACUCAGCAAAAGGCUCUCGGACAGACAUUCGCUGGUUUCAAUGAAGGUCAACUCUGUUUUGCGCCAACAUAUAAAUAUGAUACAUUUAGUGAUGAUUAUGAUACAAGUGAAAAGUGUCGUGCACCUGCAUGGACUGAUCGAGUUCUUUGGAAAGAUCAACGAAAGAAAGGAAAAACUUUAUUGCUCAGCUACGAUCGGUCAGAAUUAAAAACUUCUGAUCACCGGCCAGUUGGAGCAGUUUUCAAAGUUGAAACAUUCAAAGUUGAUGGGAAGAAAUGUGUAGAACUUAUCGAGGAUGUUGUCGAAUCUAUGGGUCCUCCAGAUGGAACAAUUGUUGUGAAUAUUGUCGGAAAACAACGGUUCCCACCACAAAUGUUCCCUCCAAUUCAUGAGAAAUUGAAAGAACUUGGAGCAAUGGUUCAGUUGAGCAAAUUUGAUAACGGUGAUUUAUGGAUUGUUCUGAAUAGUGGAGAGAUGGCUUUGGCAGCAUUGAGUAUGGAUGGAUUGAAAAUUGGCACAGAUCAGAUAUCAGUCAAACUGCGAUCUCCUGAUUGGGCAUAUGCAUUGAAACCUCAUCUUUCUGAUUUUGAUUUGGAAUCGUUCGAAGUAUCCCCUGAUGAAGAAACUUUAAUUGGAGGAGCUGACGGCGCUGUUUUUGAAUUUGCUGACGAAGAUGAAGAUUCAAUCAGUGUAAUGAAUAUGACUCUAACUGGAUCUGCACCUGAUAGGCCUCGUCCUCCGUCUGCAAGAAGUGAAGCAAUCAGUAUGGCAAAUCUGGAAUGGCCAACAGAACGACAAGAUGUUUUAUCCACUUCAAUGCCAACCCGUGCUUCAUCUGCAUCUCUUGCCAAUAGCUCUUGGUAUGAGCAUGUGCCUCCUCUUGCUCCACCAACUACUCGUCCAACGCCACCACAAUCAAACAACAAUAAAACGCCUCAACAAGCUUGCCUCUUCAACCCUUUCACCCAAUCCUCUCCGGCUCCUCCUCCUCCAACAAUUCCUCUUCCACCAACACGUGGAGCUUCUGUUGGACCUGGACCUCCAGCAGUUCCUAUGAGAAAAGCACCCCCACCCCCACCCAGACCUGUAAUUCCACCUAGACCAAAAAAUAUGUAG